UCUCGCGAGAUUUUUUUUGAAACAUUCGGAAUAGGAAACGUACAACACAAAAAUUCCUACCUCACACUAUUAACUGCUAAAAUCAACUCAAAUCAACUUAAUCUUUCAUUAAAAAAAGAAGAAUUAUUAGAAAUAGUGGGAGUGUCUACUAAUCUCAUAAAAUUUUGUGAAGUUUAUUUCUACAAAAUAUUUUUAUUUUGUACAAUAAAUAAUUUUCUCAUUUGCUAUCAAUACAUUAUAAUGGUUUAAAUAAAUAAAUAUUGAUUGGCGUAAGGUUUAUGUUAUUUUUAUGUCUGUUUACUAUUAAUAAUAUAGGAUAUGAGCAGGUGCGUUGGUUUUGUAGUAAUUUCCAGUCACUUCUGACAACUGAAUUUUUCAAAAAAGAAAUUACUAACGUCAGUGUCAAAAAAAAUCUCGCGAGAGCGAAUGUAGUAUAAAUAAUAUUUGUGCUGAAUUAAUGUUACAAGACAUUCAUAAUAUAAAUUGCUGUCAGAGUAAUCUAGUAGAUGUUCUUAAACUAUAUAAGGCCUACAAUAUUUUGAGAUUAUUAUUUACUAUAAAUCUACAUAUUAUUUUAAAACUAUUUCGGCUAAAAUAGGAAUAUAUAAUGGAACAUAUAUGCACGGAGUGUACGCUCACAUUCUCAAAACAGUCUAAUUUAAGAAGUCACCUGAAAACGUUUCAUCCUGGUAAGUUGUUUUUGAUUAAUAACAAUCCACUGGAUAUCUAUGCAAUCUACAAACUUGAAGACUUCUCGUUGUUAUAUCUACAAUUUGAUGAUUCCUAAUUCUUGUAAUUUUAGAUAAACUGGACAUAAUUGCACCCAACAAAACAUUUAAGUCUAUUGUACUUUGUAACAAAUGUCCCAAAAGGUUCUCUAAAUAUUCCAAUUUAAAAAGGCAUGUCACUAAGUUUCAUCCAGGUGAGGACAAAACUUCUAUUUAGUGCUUUUUGGCUAUUAUUGUAUACAGGAAUCAAUAGCGAACAUAUUUUAUUUUAUUUCAGAAAAUAUCAACGAGCUGACUUCAUCUAAGAUUUGCCCAUAUCAAUGCAGUGAAUGCCAGAAAAAGUUUUCACAUUUACAAAAUCUUAGAAAACAUAAAAAAAUUCAUGCAAAAGACAGUGAUAUUGGAAAAAAGCAACAAAACUUCAAGUGCAGUUUGUGUAACUACGAAAAUUCUAUAAAAUCCAAUUUAAUUCUUCAUUUCGAAGAAUAUCAUGCCAUUAAAAUAGAGCAACAAGAUCUUCACUUUUCUAGUGAACUAGAAUUUCAAAAAUGGAAAACUGACAUGGAAAAAAAAAGAAUUUUCUUCAUAUGUCACAUACAGUCAUCCAUAUACGACUGCAGAGGGCAUUAAGAAACAGAGUUAUAUUUGCCAUCGUUCAGGUUUUUAUGUGAAAAAGGGUAAGGAUAUGCGAUAUUUAAAAACCAAAGGAAGCAGAAAAAUUAAUGGAAUAUGUCCUUCUCGAUUGAAAGUUUGUAUUUUACCAGAAAAUGGCAAUGUUAAAAUUAAUUUUAUACAAACUCACAUUGGUCAUGACAAUGACUUGGGUCAUUUGAAUAUUACUAAAAAUGAAAAAAUAGAAAUAGCUAGUAAAAUUGCUUCGAAAAUUCCUCUUGUUUCCAUAUUAGAUGAGAUUAGAGAUUCUGUAACUAAUAAUAAGUUGGAAAGGAUGCAUAUCUUAACAAGAAAAGAUCUUCAUAAUAUAUCACAAACUUUUAAUUUAAAUUCUGAUGGAAUUCGGAAGUUAUAAGUAUUGAAUCCUGGAUUGAAGAAGCCAAGAAUAGUGGAAUAAUUUUAUAUUACAAGCCACAAGGGGCUUUAUGUAAUGAUUUUCCUUGUUUAAAAAAUGAAGAUUUUCUGUUGUUAUGCAUCCUGGUCAACUGGAAGUGUUAGACAAAUACUCAGAAGAUGUAAUUUGUAUCGACGGAACACAUGGACUUAAUGCUCAUGAUUUUGAACUUACUACAUUGUUAAUAUUGGAUGAUAUGAGGGAGGGAUUUCCUUGUUGUUUUAUGAUUGGAAAUCGGUCUGAUGAGGAAAUAAUGACUAUUUUUUUCAUGAAGAUAAAAGAAAAUUUAGGAAGAGUAAUCAAACCCAUGGUUUUCAUGUCAGACAUGGCCCAAUAUUACUAUAAUGCAUGGCUCCAAAUUAUGACUCCAGCUAAAUUCAGGCUAUUCUGUUCCUGGCACGUAGAUAAAGCGUGGCGGAAAAAUCUAAAUAAAAUUGAUGGUCAAGAGCAAAAGGUUAUCGUAUACAAACAGCUACGUACCUUAUUACAAGAGACCGAUGUUACUUCAUUUAGGGAUAUGAUACAAAAUUUUCAAAUUUCUCUUCUAUCUUCUGGUAAUACCCAAGAAUUUGGUCAAUAUUUUCAAAAAUGUUAUCUGCACAAUAUGGAAUCCUGGGCGUACUGUUAUCGCUUGCAUGCAGGAAUAAAUACAAAUAUGAGCACAGAACGAAUGCAUGAAACGAUUAAAUAUUUGUAUUUAAAUGGAAGACAAGUACGAAGGCUGGAUAAAACUAUCAAUAUCUUGAUUAAAUUAAUUAAAGACAAAUUGUUUGAACGGCUUAUUACGUUGAAUAAAGGUAAAAUAUCCAGCAAAUUACGAGAGUUACGGAAAAGGCACAAAACAAGUCUUAAUUUAGAUAUGGACACCAUUGUCAUGUCUGAAAUGGGCUGGGAGAUACCAUCAAGUUCAACCAAUGAUAUCUAUUUAGUUCAGAAAAACAAACCCAGUUGUGACUGCCGAUUAGUCUGUGAUUUGUGCCAAUCCUGUCUACAUUCAUAUUCCUGUACAUGCUUGGAUAACAGUAUAAGAUGGAAUAUGUGCAAACACAUACAUCUUGUGUGUCAAUUUAUGAAAGACCAUCAAAUUCAAGAUACUAAUGCAGAUGAAGAACAUAUAAUAAAUACAGAUGAGGUAAAAAUUAAACAAGCUACAGAGCAAGCUAAAUUUGUGGAAUUUGUGAGUAAGUCUUGUAAUAUCAAUCAAGAAAAAACGUCCAAACAACUGGAAGUUGAAAAACAGAAAUUGAUAGAAAUACAAACCCAAAUAAUUCAAAAUAUAACAACUUUUGAACAACUUGAGGCAUUUAAAAGUAUUACAGCACCCUUGGUGCCUACAUUAAGGACAUUAGCAGAACAUUCUGGAAAUGAACUUAAUAUUGUGGCACUAUCUCAUGGAACACAAAACAUUCCACACAAUAAAAAAGUAGUUGCUCAAAAACGUUUAUUUUCCACCAAGAAAAAAACUACAAAGUCAAAAAAAAAGCUGUUAUCAAAACCUGAUGCUGAAGAAACAAAUUUGAUAGCAAAGCAAUUAAUGCUACAAGUAAAUAAUGUGCUCUUUAAUUAGAAUAAAAUCUUUAUUUGUAUACAUUAUUAAUUUGUUUGAUUUUCUCACCUAUUCUAAUUCAUUUUUUUUAAUUCAUAUUGAAAAUAUUGUAGGCAUUAAUACUUUAAAAACAUUUACUAACGUACCUACUCUGAAAGCAAUUUAUGAUAUUAUGUCUCUUGUAACAUUAAUUCGUAAUUUCAUCAGCACCAAUAAUAUUUAUUAAUACAUAAUAUAAUAAUUUCAAAUUCACAAUAAAAAUAAAACAUAACCUUAUAAUAUUAUUAGGCAAUCCAAACCACGUGACCUCUGGUUGGCACACAAACUAAAGAAGAGGUUAUGUUUGUAUCUAUUUUUCAAUGAUUUUUCAUUGUUUAUCGUCGUAUUUUGGAUUCAUUUGGAUUUCGUUUCCUGUUUUUGUGAACUUUAUAAACUUUACCACAAUGCGAACUGAUUAUUUAAGGAAAUUAUUAUUGGAAACUCCAGAUGUUGCGAGAAAGAUAUUUAUUGAAGCUGAAAAUAAUUGGGGAUUUAGAUCCAUACGGAAUUCAGUCAGAAUUGGAUUUUACAGUAAAGUGCAGUCCAUCAAGUUACUAUUAUAGAUAUAUUAUAUAUAUUUAUACAGAUCUGGUGGAGUCUCACAUUUGCUACUCUAAGCAGCAGAUGAAAGCAUACAAAAGCCUUCAGGCACAUAAAUAUUUUACAGCUGGAUUUGUUUUGAAUGGAGUAAAAAUUGUUAAUGAUUUCCUGAUUUCCAUAUUAUUGUUGGAAAGGUGAAGCAUUUCCAAAAAGCUAAUGCUAAACGACUAAAUGCUUGGGUGGGGUGAUAGCCAGUUCUGAUGACAUAGCAAAUGCACAUUGUAUGCGUAUGGCCGGUAAUAGUGAAGUCUGCAGCCAUAUUGCAGCAAUCCUAUUUUUAGCUGAGUAUGCCCAGAGCAAGACAGACGAAGAAGAACCCAAUGCAUGUACAUAUGUUACAGCUACAUGGUUUGGAGAUAGCAACAUAUGCAUUCUCUGAUGAAAAACUAAUGAGUUUUGAAACUGUUCGGUCAGAGUGCUUGUUGCGCUCACUAAACGAACUGAAAUAUAAGAAGUCUUUGGCAUUGUGUUGCAGCGAUAUGAAAAUGGUUAUUCAUUUUUAAUUAUAAUGUACUUCUUCAUCAUGAGUAAUUAUGUAUUGGUCUUUUAGAUGUGUAUUUAUUUUUGUAAUUAGUAUCAACUUGUAAUGAUAAUAUACAUUUAUCGUUUAAGGUA